AUGUCUUCCAAGAUAGACAAGACGAUCCAGCGCCAGCAGGAAAAGAUCGCAGAGGGACAGUUCUACGAAGCCCACCAGCAGCUCCGCGUCAUCGCCGCGCGCUACGUCAAGACCUCCAACUGGGAUGCCGCCACCGACAUCCUCUUCCGGGGCGCGCAGUCGCUCCUGCAAGCUGGGCAGGGCGGCUCCGGCGGCGACCUGUGCAUAUUCCUGCUCGAGGUGUUCCACAAGAGCGAGACGAAGCCGGAUGCGGCGAGCAAGGGGAAGCUGCUGAGCUUGCUGCGCGCUUUUCCGAAGAAUGAGCCUACGCGGAAGAAGUUCGUGAAUGAGAUGGUGGGGUGGAGCGCGAAAUGGGGCGAGUAUCCUGCAGGCGACCCGGAGAUUCAUCAUGUGGCGGGGACGCUGUACGCUGAAGACCUCGAGCCCUACGACGCAGAGCGGCAUCUCAUCAUCGGCACCAAAGACUCCCCCGAAGCACUCGCGGGACUCGAGUACUCUUGGUACACCUCCGACGACUCGCACACCGCGCCACUCUACGCCGCCCGCGGCACUCUCCCCUACCUCCUCGCCGGCAACCUGCGCGCCGCAAACAAGUACUUCCUCCUCUUCACAUCCUACCUCGCGAGGAACCCCUCCCUCGCCACACAAGAAGUUUCCACAAAGUCGUCGGACCUGCGCGUCUACCCCUCGUUACCGCUGUUGAACUUCCUUGGGUUGCUCUUGCUGGCGGUCGAGCGCGGUGACCCCAGCCUUUUCAGGCAGCUGAAGAGCCACUAUGCGAGCCAUUUGAAGGAUGUCAACUGGACCGAGGCGCUCGAUACGAUUGGGGAGAUGUACUUUAACAUCAAAAUCCCCAGGCAAGGCAAUCCGAUGUUUGACAUGCUUGGCAGUAUGUUCGGAGGUGGGAUGGGCGGCGGAGCGUCAAAGCCGGCGAAGAAGCCGCCCGUGGCAGGUCUUGAUUGA